AUGUAUUCCAUGUUCCUGGUCUACGCUCUUCUCCUCAUUGUACUGUCCUAUCUUCCUGUCGCCCACCAUGUCUCUGACGUGUUGUUUCGCCAUGUCCUCCACAUCAAUAUCUUCGAGUUUGAGCUGCAAAAGCAUCCCUCUGAAGACAUCAUUGCCCUUCUGCGAAUGAACGCACUUUGCGCACUACUCGCCCCACUAAUCACCUACCUCUACUCCCUUUGCUUUCCCUCUCGCCACUCCGACAAGGAGCGCCCAUCAGAUUUCUCGAUCGACAUCACAUGGAUCGUAGGAUCUCUUCAUGGGAUGCUAGUCUGGUGUUUUGGCAAGAAGAAACCCCAGACAUUGUCUCUCUCCGAUUGUAAGCAGUUCUACAGGAGCUUCUUGAAGAUGGUAGAUCUGUCAGACGCGAGGAAGAAAGCCUCCAAGAUGUCGCGGAAAGACCUCCACCGGAUAAACCGGAACAAUGUCAGCCGUCGCCUUCAUAAUAGCAAGAUUCGCCUGGACCGGGAAAGGCUUGAAAAGAUCCAGCACGCCUUGGAAAACAAGAAGCUCUCACUGUCGGUUACUGCAUUGAACGACGUCAUCAACUCUCUCUUCUCCGACCUUGCCAAACCUUCAGCCUACGCUUCAUUGCACACCCCAAACUUGGACAAGCUCAAACAAGUACACGAGUCUGUUACACGGUCCGAUGCGACCAAAGACACCCGAAUUCGUACACUUGUGGCCGGUCACAACGACAUGUCGGAAGAGCUUCGCCACAAGAAUGCAGAGCUCGACAUCGCUCGGACCGAAGCAUCUGAUCUAAAGGAUGACUGUCAACGAUUGGAUGCGCAACUGCAAAAGCUGGCCGACAACAAGUUCAACAUCGAAGAAUCAUUUCGCAAAUGUAGGUACGACCUGCGACAGGCUGAGUUCAACCUCACCGAGAGUUCUCGGAGAGUGGCGAAUCUCGAGACUCAAAUUGAGCGAACGCGUAUGUCCGCACGAGAUGCCGACGAGCGCGCAGAAAGCAUCAACGACGAACUUCAGGAUGCAAACCGCCAGCUGAGAGACUCCGAGCGCGAACGUGCAAAGCUUGAGGCCGAGCGCGAUCGACUUCAGACUGAGUUGAAGACAGCCAAAGAGCAGUUGAACGGUGAAGCGGGUCUUGAGAAGAAGACUCGUCAUCUGGACGCUGUCCACGAGCUCGUUCGCCAGCUCAAAGAUGAAAUCUCGGCUCUCAAAGAGCAACACGCAGAUGUCGUCUCCAACAAGGAGAAGGACCUGAGAGAACUCCAAGAGAUAAACAAGAACGCUAUUUCUCGUAAGAGCAAGGAGAUGCAGGAUCAUCGUAGGAAGUCUCAAGUCGCUCUCUCAAGCAAAGAGAAGAAGAAUGAAGACUUGCGCAACGAUCUCACUGCUACGAUCAACGCCAAAGAUGCGGAGCUCGAAGGAUUACGCGCCGAACAUGUUGCCGCCAUCACCGCUAAAAACGGGCAGCUCGAAGCCAAACACCAGUCUGAAGUCGCGAUCAUCACUCGCCAUGGAAUCGAAACGCAAAAGCUUCGCGAAGAGGUCGAUUCGGUUAAGGUGCAAAAGGACGACAAAGUCAAAGAGCUCGACGCUUUGGUAUCUAGCCAUGAUGCCGCAAUGCGUGAGCUUCGUCAACAGCUCGAUUUGGUCACUCGGCAAAAGGACGACAAAGCCCAGGAGCUGGAAGAUUCACGCAACAAGCACAUCGCUGAAGCGGCCGACAAGGAGAAGGAGUUUGACGACAUUGUAUCUAGCCAUGAAAGCCAAAUGCAGGAGCUGCGCAAAGAGCUCGAUCUGGCUAGGGACCAAAAGGCCGAUGAAGCUGAGAAGCUAGAACUUUCGAGCACCGAACUUGCUGCCGCGAUCAAUCUCAAGGACGCAGAGCUGCAGGAAGCACACUACGAACUCGCCAUCGCCGUCUCUUGCAAGGAAUCAGAGAUUGGCUCACUUCACACCGAGCACGCCGCUACUAUCGCUCGCAAGGAUGCAGAGCUCAAGAAAGCCCACGACGACUACGCCAUCGCCAUCUCUGGCAAGGAAUCAGAGAUUGGCUCACUCAACACCAAGCACACCGCUGUCAUCGCCCGCAAAGAUGAGGAGCUUGAAACAUUGCGCGCCGGACACGCCGCCGCCAUAGUCCGCAAGGACAACGACACGAUUUCUUCUCUAGCGCCACAACAGACAUCUUCAGCAUCUGAAGGUGAAGAGAAGCGCCGUGCGGAUCUUCUGAAGGCCUCGGUCGAAGUACAGGACGCGAAGAUCAUGGCCAUUGGGAGGGAGUGGGAUGCUCUCGAAGGCAUCAUCCAAAAUGUCGGCAUGGAUCUGCUAACCGCCCUGGGCAAGUUCGGUAAACCUAAGAACAACUGCCAUGACGCCAUAUGGGCAAGAAGACGCCAAGACCCUGAGCGUAAGUGUAAACCCAUCCUGUACCAGACGAUAUCCACUGACCAAACGAUAGUAUCGCUUCCGCAAGGUCUGACCUGCCUUGAGACGGCGAUGGAUAUACGUCGUGUAAAGAUUGAGCUGGAAGAAACGGUCGAUCACCAGUGUGCAUUCAUCAAGAAGUUCGCUGCAGCCGUUGUCGAGGCUCAUCCCGAAGUCAUAGAGAUGGCAAAGGCCAUCGAUGUCACUCUCGCCCCGCCUGCGCAGCAGGUGGUUCAACCCACCCAGGCGCCUACACCCGCGCUCGCCCCGGCGAAGAUGACCCCAGAGAAGCCCCCAAAGGAUACAUGUGCCUGCGGGUACUUUUUCCUGGUGACAGAUAGCCAGGAUGCCUGCCGCGACCAUCUCGACGGGUGCGAUGACUUCGCGAAAUGGACGCCCGAGAAGAAGACAAGCCUUCUGGGCAAGCUCGGUUUGACUGGCUACAAGCAGUCGAAGGCGACAAAGCCGAAGGCAGAGUCGAUUACCUGCUGGCACUGCGAGCGUGAAUUCGACAAAGUACACGGGCGAUGGUUCCACGGCUCACAUAUCAAGGUCUGCAAAAGGGGCGCCCCCAGCCUCCAUGAUGUUCCCGGCUCGAGCACACCAGGACCGAAGACUCCCGUCACCACACCUUCCAGACGCGCCCCCGUGAUCGAGCAAGGCUGGCAGAAUACCGGGACAGCGAAGAAGGCCGAGACGUCAGUCUUUGUUUCUGGUGGCAUGAGGUUCAGUAAGCAUGCGCAGUCGCAGUAG